AUGAGACGGAGUAACUAUACAUACAUAGAUGUAGAUGGCGUGUCUCUCAAUCCCGGCAUAAGCGCCAGUGGCCCUCUGUGUGCAAGAGAGAGACUGACAAAGACAGAGACAGAGAGAGACAAACAAAAGAGAGAAAGAGAAGGGGACUGUAUCUAUAUGUAUCUAUCUAUAUACUCUUUUCUAUACAAAAAAAGCAGCACAUAUAUGCCAACAAAAUCCACUUUCCAUUUUUCCACUACAAUUUGGUCACUCCUCUGCUGCUCCCUUACCCAUCAACACAUUACUACUCUCUCUGUUUCUUUAUUUUUCUGGUAUUUUUUUGUAGUUCUUUUAAAAUCAGUGAAGAAAAUGAGUGGGGAUCAACACAUGGAGGAGAUGCAUUAUAUGAACAUGGGAUUUCCUUAUAAUGUUCCAGAGAGUUUCCCAGGCUUCUUGGAUGGUGUUUCACAAGCCCCUAUAAUACAGUAUCAUAAUAACCCUGUACAGAUUCAGGAAAAUGCAUAUUGGUCUAUGAAUAUGAGUUAUUAUAAAUAUGAACACUCAAAUCUUGAGAGUACUUCUUAUCAUUCUUAUGAGAAUGGCAACAACCAUGUAUCAAGACCGGAUUUCUCAGAGAGACCUUGGGAGUAUGCUGUACCUAUGAAUGUUCACGAAGGUGUAUCGACUGAUGUAAUAUACGAGGAAAAUACUGUCCCCGUGGAGGAUGCUAGCACGGAGGAAUGUGUUCUAUCUAAUCAAGAUGAUUCUAACCACCAGGAUAUUUUGGAAGAUGAAAUUGACCCUGACAACAUGACCUAUGAGGAGUUACUUGAUUUAGGUGAAACAGUUGGAACUGAAAGUCGAGGACUUCCUGAGGAACUAAUUAAUUUGCUUCCAACAACCAAAUACAAGUCUAAUGGAAUCUUUUCUAGGAAAAAAUCAGAAGAAAGAUGUGUCAUCUGUCAAAUGAGGUAUAAACGAGGGGAUCGACAAAUAAACUUCCCAUGCAAGCACAUAUACCACACUGAAUGUGGCUCCAAAUGGCUGAGCAUCAACAAGACAUGUCCCAUUUGCAAUACAGAGGUACUCCUCGACGAAUGAAGUUGUACAAUGGUGAAUAUAGUGUUUAAAUUACAGCAGAUUUGCUUCAAUGGGCUUUCAAUAUCUCCUUCCACCAGCUACUAACAUAGAGUAACAUCAAAGCUUAUAAUAGCUUCUCUUAGAUCAUGCUUAAAAUGUAGGA